ACUGCAGCGUUAAUUUAACCUCACACGAUUUCCAGAUGGUAAAUGUCAACUUCGGUUUUGCUUAGUGUAUGUUCGCCGACUAAAGCUGUUGCCAAUAUGUUUUUUUUGUUUUGAAGUAUUUUGGUAAAUUGCCAAAGAUCUUGAGAUGUAAGGGUAGGAAAAUAUAAUUGAAACAAAAAUUAGGACAAUGGAAUGCAAGCUAAAUAAUAAAAAUCAAUAAUUUUUCGACAUAUAAUAAUCACAAAUGAGUCUAUUGUUGUCAUAUUUAACAGAAAUAAAUAAUUGGUAACUCACUUUGUACCUAUCAGCUGAUUAAAUUAUUAUAAUUGGCCCUUACAUGACGUAUGUUUCUUCAAGUAUUUUCAUUUCAAGCAAGGUUCAACAAAUAAUCACGAACGAAUGUGGUUGCGUUAAUUUAUCACAUUUUUAGUCAUAUAUUUUAAAUUGUUGCUACCAUGAAUAGUUUGGGCGAUGAUUGCACGGAACUAAAGAAGCAAUACGACGCUUGCUUCAACUCUUGGUUUUCUGAACAUUUUCUUAAAGGUCGCAAUGACGAUUCGUUGUGUGCACCGAUCUUCAAAAUUUAUCAAGAUUGUGUAAAGCGAGCAAUGCGUGAGCAAAAAAUUGAACUUCGAGAAGUCGAUUCCGAAAUCAACACUGGCGAACAUCAACAAGAGCAACAACAAAAGCCUGAUAAUACAAAAAGUUGACCGAUACCGAAUAGUAAUCUCUUCACAACUACAAGGACUGGUUUGGCUGGUCACGAUGUGUACCAUAUUAAGAAAGGGUCGUAUAAAAGAGACAAUUCUGUGCCGUAAUUUCUAAUGUUCGACUGAGCAAUAAUGAAGAUAGAACGGAAAACAUUUUAUUUAUUUCGCAAUUUCGGAUGCAGUUAACUUAGAAAAACAUAAAACCACUAGCUGUUUAAUAUUGUAUGUAAACACUAAAGUUAAACUUAAGUAUUAAAUAAAGUUAAUUGUUCGUUGUAAAUGUAUUUAAGAAAAAAAACAGUACUUAAACUUGAAUAUAUUAAA